AUGACGGCAUCUUACAACACCACCGCGAUAGCAAUCGGCGUCAAGUCCAUCCACGAAACCGAUCUCCUCUUCGAAUACGCCUACACGCCGCCAAAGAAGGACGAGAAGGGUGUACAGAAGGUGGACUCGGACACCAUCUUCCGAAUUGGAAGCUUGACCAAGCUGUUCCCUCCCUUGGCGCUGCUUAAGCUCCAGGAUCGGGGAGUCAAUUUUGAAGACCCGAUCACCAAGUAUGUGCCGGAGUUGAGGACUCUUAAGAGCCAAGCGAGGGAGGAUAGCCCGAUCUGGGCGGUUGAGUGGGAUGAGGUGACUCUGGGGGCGCUGGCGUCGCAUAUGGCUGGCAUUCCUUCGGACUACAUCACCGACAUUGCUCCGUUUGGUGACCUCUCGGCCUAUGGAUACCCGCAAGCAAACAGCUCCAAGUUCCUUGGCUGCGCCGGGUUCUUCGGGACUCCUGGUUGCAACAAGACUGUGUUCUUCGAGCACUUUGGGGAACGGCCCCCCGUACAAGCUCCAUUCUCGGCUCAGACGGUGUACUCCAACAUUGGUUUCGCCAUCCUCGGCUUCGCUGUUGAGGCCAUCACCAACCAAUCCUUCACCGACUAUGUCACCAACGAGAUCUGGAAACCCCUCGACAUGGCGCGGACCUCGGCCACCCAACCCGACGAGGCUCUGGGCUUCAUCCCUGCCAACGACGUCUGGUGGGCUGCCGAUAUGGGCUUCGAGGGCCCUGGGGGCGGCUAUUUCUCGACCAUCAACGACCUCCACCGCUUCGGCGACGCCAUCCUCCAGCACAAGCUCCUCUCGGCCGUCCAAACCCGCAAGUGGAUGAAGCCCCUCACCUCCACCUCGUCCUCCGGCCUCCUCAUGGGCGCGCCAUGGGAGAUCUUCCGCGCCGAGAACAUCACCUCGGACGGCCGCAUGAUCGAGCUCUACACCAAAACCGGCGACCUCAUCAACUACCACUCCCAACUGGUCCUCAUCCCCGACUACGACAUCGUCGUCACCCUCCUCGUGGCAGGCCCCAGCGGGCCCGGCGAGGGCUCCCAGACCUCCAUGACCCUCAUGAUGUCGCGCAUCGUGCAAUCCCUCCUCCCAGCCAUCGAAGCCGCCGGCAAAGCCGAGACCGCCGCCGCCUACGCGGGCACCUACACCGACAAGCGCACCAACUCGACCCUGACCCUCUCCCUCGACGCCGCCGCCGCCGCCGACGACGGCCCGGGCGUCGCCAUCACGCAGUACAUCAUCCGCGGCGUCGACGUGCCGCGCACCGACCCGGGCAGCACGCUGCCGCCGGCCACGCCGCCGACGCUCGACCCGCCCAUGCGCUACCGCCUGUACCCGGCGUCGACGGGCGCGGAGGGAAAGACGUCGUGGCGCGCGGUGGGGACCAUGAACACGGCCGAGCAGGUGGCGCAGCAGGACGCGCUGUUUGCGUGGCCGAUGAAUUCUUGUAUCACGUGGGCGAUGAUGGAUCGGUCGACGUUUGAGUUUGGGGCGAGGGAUCAUUUUGUGUUUGAUGUAGUGGAGGGGAAGGUCAAGGGGGUGGAGGCGGUUGGGUAUCAGGUGCAUCUGACGAAGGAGUGUAAGUGA